AUGUCAUUACUUGACCAGAUAUUGGAUAAUCCAACUCUAACGGUGCUUCCAAAUGACCAUUUACGUCCACAACAAGAACCUUUUUCUGAGGAUUCUGAAUUUACUUUAAGUUUACCACAAUUAGCUACUGUUUCUCAAGGUAUUGAUACUUACAUUUUGGCUCUUUCUGCUUGGUCCUCAUUGGUUUAUAGAUUGAGUGGUGAUGAUGAUAUUGUCUUAUAUGCUUCUGGCAACAGAGUCUUAAGAUUUACAAUUCAACCUACUUGGACUUUUAAACAAGUUUACAAUGAAAUUUCAAAUAAUUUACAACAAUUAGAAUCAUUAAGUAAUGCAAAUUAUGACGAAAUAUCAGAAACUUUACAAAGACAAAAUGAUUUAGAGAAACCACCAAGGUUUUUCUGUUUAGGUUUCUUAAAUAAUCAAGAUGAAAUAUCAUUAACUAAAUUUAAUAAUCAUCCGUUUGAUAUUUUAUUGAAUUUAAAUCCAAAUAGUGAUAUUCUUACAUUCAAAUAUAAUGGCCUAUUAUUUAACGAAUCAAGAAUACAGAUUAUUGGUGAUCAAUAUACACAAUUACUAUCUACAUCUUUAUCCAAUCAAGAUGAAAUCAUCACUAAAGUUUCUUUAAUAACUACUAAAUCCAAGGAUAUCUUACCAGAUCCAACAAGUAAUUUAGAUUGGCCUGGAUUUGUAGGUUGUAUUCAUGAUAUCUUCCAAGAUAAUGCUGAUAAAUUUCCACAAAGAACAUGUGUUGUGGAAACUGGAGAAAUUGAUGAUCCUAACCCUGAAAAGAAACGUGAAUUUACAUACCAAGAUAUCAACCGUGCCUCCAAUGUUAUUGCCCAUUAUUUAAUCAAUACAGGGAUUAAAGUUGGUGACGUCGUCAUGAUUUAUUCAUCUAGGGGGGUUGAUUUAAUGGUUUCUGUGAUGGGUGUUCUAAAGGCUGGUGCUACAUUUUCUGUUAUUGAUCCGGCAUACCCACCUGCAAGACAAACUAUUUACUUAGGUGUAGCUAAACCAAAAGGUUUGGUUGUUCUAAGGUCUGCUGGUCAAUUAGAUCAAUUAGUUGAAGAUUAUAUUACCAAAGAACUUGAUGUUAUCACUAGAUUACCAUCUGUAGCAAUUCAAAAUGAUGGUUCUAUUCAAGGUUCCUUAGGUGACUCCACUGAUAUUUUACAACCUUACCAACAAUUACAAGAUACACGUUCUGGUGUCGUGGUUGGUCCUGAUUCUAAUCCAACUUUGUCAUUCACCUCAGGAUCCGAAGGUAUUCCAAAGGGUGUUCUUGGUAGACAUUUCUCACUUGCAUAUUAUUUUAGUUGGAUGGCUCAAAGAUUUAAUCUAUCUGAAAAUGAUAAAUUUACAAUGCUAAGUGGUAUUGCUCAUGAUCCAAUCCAAAGAGAUAUGUUUACACCAUUAUUCCUUGGUGCUCAAUUAUAUGUUCCAACUGAAAAUGAUAUUGGUAUUCCAGGUAAAUUGGCUCAAUGGAUGGGUGAAACUGGUUGUACUGUUACUCAUUUAACUCCAGCUAUGGGUCAAUUAUUAACAGCUCAAGCUACAACUGAGAUCCCCAAACUACAUCAUGCUUUCUUUGUCGGUGAUAUUCUAACCAAGCGUGAUUGUUUAAGAUUGCAAACUUUAGCAGAAAAUGUCAGAAUUGUUAAUAUGUAUGGUACGACUGAAACUCAACGUGCUGUGUCAUAUUUUGAAGUACCAUCUAGAACAGAUGAUCCAACUUUCUUACAAACUACUAAGGAUGUUAUGCCAGCAGGUAAAGGUAUGAAAAAUGUUCAAUUACUUGUUGUUAACAGGAACGAUAGAACUCAAAUCUGUGGUGUUGGUGAAGUCGGUGAAAUUUAUGUUCGUGCUGGUGGUCUAGCUGAAGGUUACAGAGGUUUACCUGAUUUAAACAAAGAAAAAUUUAUUAACAACUGGUAUGUUGAAGAAGGUCAUUGGAAGAAACUCGAUAUCGAUAACGGUGAACCAUGGAGAAAGUAUUGGUUUGGUCCAAGAGAUAGAAUGUACAGGACUGGUGAUUUAGGUCGUUAUUUACCAAAUGGUAACUGUGAAUGUUGUGGUCGUGCCGAUGAUCAAGUUAAGAUUAGAGGUUUCAGAAUUGAACUUGGUGAAAUUGAUACUCAUAUUUCUCAACAUCCAUUGGUUAGACAAAAUAUUACAUUGGUACGUAAAAAUCAAAACAAUGAACCUACCUUGGUUACAUGGAUGGUUCCAAGAUUUGAUAUGCCAGAACAACUAUCUCCAUUUCAAACCCCCAUCCCAGAAGAUAUCAAAGAAGAUCAAACUGUUAGUGGUUUAAUUGGUUACCAUCUAUUGGCUAAAGAUAUUAAGAAAUUCCUAAAAAAGAGGUUAGCCAGUUAUUCAAUUCCAUCCAUGAUUAUCGUCUGGAAUAAAUUGCCUUUGAAUCCAAAUGGUAAGAUUGAUAAACCAAAAUUACAAUACCCAACUCCAAAACAAUUAAACCUGGUUGCUUCCUACAGUUCCACUGAUAUCGAUGAAAACGACUUUACUGAAGAAGAACGUGAAGUAUUGAAUGUCUGGUUGGAAGUUCUUCCAAAUAAACCUGCAUCAGUCGCUAUAGACGAUUCUUUCUUUGAUCUUGGUGGACAUUCUAUCCUUGCAACUAAGAUGAUUUUCACAUUAAAGAACAAAUUAAAUAUCGAUCUUCCAUUAGGUACCAUUUUCAAAUACCCAACAUUGCAAGCUUUUGCCGCUCAAAUCACAAAUAUUAAAUCAUCAGGUUCUGCUACACCAGCCUCAACAGUUACCACUGCUGAUUAUGCAAGGGAUGCUAAGGAAUUGGUAAGCACUUUACCUGCCUUAUACCAAUCUCGCGAACCAUUCAACAUUAAUGAAAAGCAAACUAUUAAUGUUUUCGUCACAGGUACUACAGGUUUCUUAGGUUCGUAUAUUGUCUCAAAUCUAUUGAACCGUUCAAAUGACACUACUACCUUUAAGAUUUUUGCACAUGUACGUGCUAAAGAUGAAGUUUUAGGUUUAGAAAGAAUCAAAAAGGCUGGUUUAACAUAUGGUAAUUGGAACAAUUCCUUUGCUUCAUCUAUUGAACCAGUUUUAGGUGAUUUAUCCAAGGUCAACUUUGGCUUAUCCGAUGAUAAAUGGUCUACUUUAACAAACACUAUUGAUGUAAUCAUUCACAACGGUGCUUUGGUUCACUGGGUCUACCCUUAUGCUAAAUUAAGAGACGCCAACGUUAUUGGUACCAUUAAUGUAAUGAACAUGGCCGCAACAGGUAAACCUAAAUUUUUUGACUUUGUGUCAUCCACAUCUGUUUUGGAUACGGACUACUUCUUCAAUUUGUCCGAUAAACUAGUGGCCGAAGGUAAGACUGGUAUUUUAGAGUCUGAUGACCUGCAUGGUUCCGCAACAGGCUUAUACGGUGGUUAUGGGCAAUCUAAGUGGGCUGCUGAAUACAUUAUCAGAGAGGCUGGUAAAAGGGGUCUACGUGGCUGUAUUGUCAGACCUGGUUAUGUUACCGGUUAUUCAGGAAAUGGUUCUUCAAAUACUGACGAUUUCUUAUUGAGAUGUCUAAAGAGUGCUGUUCAAUUAGGUAAGAUCCCUGAUAUUUCUAAUACUGUUAAUAUGGUUCCUGUUGAUCACGUUGCCCAAGUUGUCGUUUCUACUUCUCUGAACCCUCCAAAGAAUACUGAAGUUGCUGUUGCACAAGUUACUGGUCACCCACGUAUCCUCUUCAAGGAUUAUCUAUACACUCUUCACAAAUAUGGUUACAAUGUCGAGAUUGAAAGUUACUCAAAUUGGAAGAAAUCUCUGGAAACUUCCGUUAUUGACAAGAAUGAGGACAAUGCUUUAUACCCAUUGUUACAUAUGGUACUAGACAAUCUACCAGGUGAUACUAGAGCUCCUGAAUUGGAUGAUGCUAAUACUGUUACAUCGUUAAAGACCGAUUCUAAAUGGACCGGUGUAGACAGAUCUGCUGGUAUGGGUGCUACUCCUGAACAAAUUGGUAUUUACAUUUCCUUCUUGAAUAAGGUAGGAUUCUUACCUUCUCCAAGCUCUGCAAGUGCUAUUGCUCUUCCAAAUAUAAUUCUUUCCUCUGAACAAAUCGAAUUAGUAUCUUCUGGUGCUGGUGCUCGUUCAAGUUCUGCCAAAUAG